AUGUCCUGUAAAGGCAUUAAGCGUAAAGCUCUAUCUAUUGAUGACAAAGUAAAAAUUUUAAAAGCUGUUGACAGCUAUCCUCAAUUAACACGAGUUCAAAUAGCAAAAAAUUUAGAUCUUCCUGUUACUACGUUAAAUGGCAUUAUUGCUAAGAAAGACAUCAUCUUAAACUCUUCUUGUUCCGGUGCAUCCCAGAAAGUAAAAAAAGUGAAGAAAGGAAAAUACGAAAAUAUUGAAGAGAAACUGAUGAUAUGGUUUAAACAAGCAAGAUCCGCCAACAUACCUGUCAACGGAACUCUUCUUAGAGGAAAAGCAUUAGAGAUUGCGGAGAAAUUGAAUGUUGAUUUUACGCCUUCCAAUGGAUGGAUUGAUCGGAUGAAAAAAAGAGCUGGUCUAGUUUAUAAAACAAUUAAAGGAGAUUGUAACAGCGUUGAUUUACAAGAAGCUGAAGAAUGGAAAGCUAAAUUACCUGAAAUUAUUUCAGGGUAUCAACCAAAGAACAUUUUUAACAUGGAUGAAUGUGGACUGUUUUUCAAUCUUUUACCAGAUAAAACUUUUGCCUUUAAAGGUGAACCCUGUCAUGGCGGAAAAAACAUACUAUGUCCGAAACCAGGAUGA